AAUAAGACUUCUACCUCUCCAAGCUGAAUUCAACCUCACGCACAGAUAGAGCAUUUGAUAGGGCUCUUUCCAUAAUUCUUCGUACCUUGUCGUUCUAGUGAAAGUGGCCCCUCCAGCCAAGCACCAUGACGGACUUUACUACCAACACAGGCUUCCUCAAAGCUCUAUACGCCGGUAAUGCUUUAUGGCACACUAGCGCUUUUUAUCACUUCACUUUUAAACAGCCUUUCAUGAUUCGCAAGCUAUCCCAACGCCGGACCAGCACGGACCCGGCUGUCCAAAAGCAUCCCUCUGGUGACGCAUGGCAUCACGACGUCAUGGCAUAUCUCGGCGCGAUCAACACUUCUUCCGCCUUGCUGGCGAUCAUUAGGCUACAUGUCAUCAUUGCACGGAACAGCAACGGCGGUAAAAAGGGCGGUGGUGGGCUCCUGGGAGCCCUGUCCACGGGCACUGCACGGGGCGAUGUUCCGCUUGAUGUCACGGCGCUGGCGGUGCUGGGGCUCGCAAACUUCUCGCAGGCAUACAUGAAUUUCUACACGGGAUGGACGAGCGACCGCUGGAUUAUGGGGACGGGGCUCGACAGGAUUACGGUACUGGAUGCGUUGUUCACGGUACUGGACUGGUUUGCCGCGUGGCGCUUGGUCAAGUCUGUCUCUGGAGUCUAAAUAUCACACGAAGGUACAUUGUGACAUCGACUUGGCUGGGAAAGAUCUGGUGCUGUAAC